UAUUUGCCAAACAACAGAAGAAGAAGGUGGGCGGAGGCAAAGGUUUGAAUCCUCUGAGCGCGAGAUGACUCACUUUUGAUUUAAUUUUCUCGUGGACACUGUGCGACAGAGAUGAUUCAUUGUGGAUUUACACGAGCCCUCUUUGCGUUAGGACUCCUCCAGAGAGGUCUCACAUCUGUAAUCCAGACUCUGAACACUGUGGACGAGGCAGUGGGAGAAGAUGCUCUCCUCAGCUGUCAGAUCCUACAGCCUGAAAAUGUGGUGCACGUCACAUGGCAGAAACAGUCGCUGGAUGGGGAGAUCAAUCUCGCCACCUACARCAAUUUCUAUCGCUCCARGGUGAWCYCASACUUCASAGGCAAAGUGGAGAUGAAAGACGGUGGACUGCUCAACAGCUCCAUAGUGAUCAAGAAUGUGACGGAGGAGGAUGAAGGCUUCUACCUCUGUCUCUUCAUCGCCAACCCUGCUGGAGCGCUCACUGGCAGAACCUUCCUCAGGGUCUAUGAGCUUCAUGAACCAGUUCUACACGUGAGAGAAUCAAACUCAUCUGAUGAGUUCUUCGUUUCCUGCUCCGCCACAGGACGACCUGCUCCAAGCGUCACGCUCAACGUCCCACAACAAGACUUCAGCCUCUCACAGCACAACACUGUCAGUGUCAUCAACACUGUCAGUGUCAUCAACACAGACGGUACAUUCACUGUCACUGCCACAGCCGUGUUGGCAGGUUUUAAUGUCACCGGCAAACAGGCUCGAUGUGCCGUGCAGGUGCUCUCUAGGCAGAAAGAAGCGUUUGUGCCGAUUCCUGACGUGAAACUGAUGCUUACCACUGGUUUGGAUGAGGGAUCUGGAUCUGCUAGCAGACGCUUCAUCGGGAUGUUGAUUGUAGCAGGGACCUGCCUUUGUGCUGCUUUAGUCUUCACUGUCCUGUUGAUACGAAGACAAAGGAGCAGUCCGUCACACAGAGACAUUGAGAAGACUGAGAUCCGUCAAACUGCAGACGCUGAUACGGUCCAAGAUGUUUCGUCCACAACAGAGAUGAGUCAGCUCAGAAAACGGACACCUCCUACAGAAUUGGAGCCAAAAAAAGUGUCUUUUAAACCCAAAAGAAUUUUAUUUGGGUUGUAGGUGGACCUCAGGUCUCCACUGAAAGUCCACUGUUGUCUACUGUAUGUGGAGCAGGGGAAUCUGGCUCUUCUUCAGCAGAUGAUGUAUAAUACAGAAUAUAUAAAUAUAGUUCAUAUAUAUAUAUAUGCAUAUGCAGCACGCAGAGAAGGGAUGCAACACGUUAAUGCAGCUACAGAGAUUUUGUGUGAUUUAAUUUUUUUACAUUGAUUAAAAACAGUGUUUUUUUUUUCUGCAUAUUUGUUGAUCAAUUGUAUUUUACAUUUCAGAUUGCACAUAUCAGCAUUUUUGUUAUUUAUUGCUUACAUAGCUAGAAUGCACAUUUACAGUAUGGUUGUGAUUGUGUACGUGUGUGUGCAGUGUUGUCAUUGCUCUUUUUAAGAAAUAAGGAUCCUCACAUGACGCAACUGAGCAGCAGAAAUUUCAUUACAACAAAAUCAAACUUACAAUCUGUAACCCGGGUGUAAAACGUGGUUAGCUGAACCAUAAGCUUAACCUGAGAAGGACAUUGUUGUUUUCAUUAGUUGUUUCAUGUGUUAAAAUAUCUUUAAUGUUUUCUGAGUUGCACUUGAAAGCAACACGCUCCAACUGCACUUGAAGGCAGCACUCAGGCAGGUAGCCUUUUAGCAACCAAUUAGCAUGCACGUUCAGCCUAUUGCGUAGGAGUCAAGUUGGUACGCAGUAAUUUGUCACUUCCUUAUUUGAGUUCGACAGCGAGAAGGCAGCAAUCCGCUGAAGCAAAGCGGUAACACACUGAUUGUAGUGAAGCCGAGAGGUGAGAGUCCCCGACGGAGCUCAGCACCGGAGCAAAGCGCAUCGGUGAGACUGAUAUUUUCCGCGUGUCUGCUUUCUGUUAGCGGCUGCUGCUCAUGUGCUGAACGGGUUAGCGAUGUGCAGAUAUCCUGUGGUGAACCCUUACAUUAAGCUCGUUGCUCUGUGAACAACCUUGCACCUUAGCCUGUGCACUUCAUAGACUAAAUUGCAUUAUUAGCUGAUGAGCAUUGUGUUAUGUUGGUGCAUGUGACUGCAGGCAACACAAAGUACACGUUGAUCAGCCAUUUGUGUCAAUAUGUGAGAUUAAAGGGAAUGUUUUGAGA